UUCUGCUCUUCGCUUUUCUGUCCGGAUGUGAAUUAUUUCUAAAGCUUGAUCUGCAAUGUGUUCCUUGCGUCUUGUUUCUUGAUCUCUGUCUUUCUUCCGUAAGAACUUCUACUUAUGAAAAAAUAUAGAGAGCAAGAAAUAAGAAACAAAGAGCACAUUGUAGAUCAGGCUUAAGUGUCAUUCAGCAGAAAAUCUUAUAACAAUUGCAAAGCUGUUAGCAGUACAGCGGAAAGCAUUUACCAGCUGAUUUUUCUACUGAACACAACUAAUAUUAUUGACAGAUGCACAUAAAAAUUCUUUCAAUAAUCUACUGGAAACAAUAAUUCAUAAAAAAACACAGAAAGUAAGAAAUAAGUGAAAAUAAGAAUAAGCAUAAUACAAAAAUAUAUUUCAGAAGAUAAAUGUGCGUCAUGUGUGAAAAAUUAUAGUGAUACCUCCAUGGAUAAUUUUCUACCGUCAUCUACUACUUCUUCUACCCAUUCUUCCAAGCUGUACGGACCAAAAUCUAUCUCUGUCAAUCAUGAAUUGAGGCAAGAGAUAAUUGAUAGCAAAUGGGAAAAAUAUGCUUUAGACUGGAAUUUAUGGAAAGAUAGCAAAUCGCCUGUAACACAAGUGAGAUGGAAUGAAAUUGAUAACAGAGAAUAUUGUGGCAUUCUAUCAAACAGGCUGAUAGGCCUUCCUUCAUCCUUUUUGAUGAGAUCAUCUAAGAAUAGUCUUUACAUUCUCGAUAAAUUCGUCGUGAGAAAUAAGCAUGGCCGAAAGUGACUGUUGAUGUAUAUGAAAGUACUGUCAAUAGGCUUUAAUAAUCAGUGUGUGACAUGAGAUCAGUAGUGCAAAGAUUAGUAAUGCGAAGAACAUAAUUUUUUAUUGCAUUGAAGAUAUCAGGUUUCGUACCAAAAAAAGAGCAUUUGCGGGAAGCAUUACUUUUCUACUUUCAUCUCAAGAAAUCUGCUGCUGAAAGUCAUCGUUUGCUAGUGGAGGCUUAUAGGGAGCAUGCUCUAUCUGAAACAACUUGCAGAGAUUGGUUUAGACGAUUAAAAGACAACGAUUUUGACGUGAAUGACCAAGAGCGCCUUGGUCAACCGAAAAAGUUUGAAGAUGGAGAAUUGGAGGUAUUACUGGAAGGAGAUCAUGUCAGACGCUCAAAGAGUUGUCGGAAACACUAAAUAUCGAUGAAUCAACCAUUAGCAAACGUUUAAAAGCAAUGAGAAUGACCCAGAAGCUAGGAAACUAGGUCCCAUAUGAAUUGAGAGAAAGAGACAUUGCGAAACGUUUAACCAUUUGUGAAUUGCUGCUUCAAAAGCAAAAACGGAAGUCGUUUUUGCAUUGAAUUGUGACUGGUGAUGAAAUGGAAUGAAAAUGGAUUCGUUACAACAAUCCUAAACGCAAGUAAUUAUGGAUGUGUCCCGGCGAAUAAUCAACAUCAACGUUAAAACAGGAUAUUCAUGGAAACAGAAUAUUCAUGGAAAACGGGAUAUUCAUGGAAAGAAAAUCAUGCUGUACAUUUAGUGGGAUCUAGUUGGGGUAGUAUUAUGAGCCGUUGCAACCAAGACAAACCAUCAAUGCUGAACGCUACCGACGACAAUUACUAAAUUUGAAUCGAGCACUCAAAGAAAAAUGCCCGCAAUAUGCCAAAAGACAUAACAAAAUUAUUCUUCUCCAUGACAAUGCUAAACAUGUUGCAACAUCAGUAAAGGAAAUCUUGGAGGCACUUGAAUGUCUUAUCCCAUCCGCCCUAUUCACCAAACGUUGUUCCUUCAGAUUACCACUUGUUUCGGUCGAUGCAGCAUGAUUUAUCUGAGCACUCAGUUCUUUCGAAGGUAUCAAAAAGUGGCUCGAUGACUGGAUCGCUUCGAAAGAACCUGAAUUUUUUUACUGCAGAAUCCAUGUGUUACCCGAAAAGUGAAAAAGUUUCUAGUUU